AUGGAGGGACAAGAAAAGCAGGUAACAGGUUACCUCCUGUUCUCUCUGUCCACCGCCGUCAUCGGCUCUCUGCAGUUCGGUUACAACACGGGAGUCAUCAAUGCUCCAGAGCAGAAACUGCGAUCCUUCUUCAAUGACACCUGGAUGGAGCGUUAUGGUGUGCCCAUCAGUUCAGGGGUCCAGACCAUUGUCUGGAGUGUUGCUGUUGCCAUCUUUAGUGUGGGCGGCAUGGUGGGCUCCUUCAGUGUUGGUGUCAUGGCCAACCGAUUUGGCAGGCGUCGCUCCAUGUUCCUGGUGAACUCUCUGGCAGUGAUCGGUGGCCUCCUCAUGGGCUUCUCCACCAUCUGCUCCUCCUAUGAGAUGGUGAUCGCCGGUCGCCUGGUCAUCGGCUUGUUCUGUGGUCUGUUCACCGGCCUGACUCCCAUGUAUGUGGGCGAGGUGUCGCCGACGCCACUCCGUGGAGCUUUCGGCACUCUGCACCAGCUCGGCGUGGUAGUGGGCAUCCUGAUCGCUCAGAUCUUUGGUCUGGAGGCUCUGCUGGGUUCAGCUAAGCUGUGGCCCCUGCUGCUGGCUCUCACCGUGGUCCCUGCAGUGCUGCAGUGCAUCCUGCUGCCUUUCUGCCCCGAGAGCCCCCGAUUCCUGCUCAUCAACCUGAAGCAGGAGGAGCAGGCUCGCAAAGCUCUGGUGCGUCUGCGUGGCACUGAGGAUGUGAGUAAAGACCUGCAGGAGAUGAAGGAGGAGAGCGCCAAGAUGGCCAUGGAGAAGAAGGUGACUAUUGCCGAGCUGUUCCGCUCAGCAUCGUACCGUCAGCCCCUCCUCAUCGCCGUCAUGCUGCAGCUCUCCCAGCAGCUGUCUGGAAUCAACGCUGUGUUUUACUACUCCACCGGGAUCUUUCACUCGGCCGGCGUCAAGCAGCCCAUCUACGCCACCAUCGGGGCCGGCAUCGUCAACACCAUCUUCACCAUUGUUUCUCUCUUCCUGGUGGAGAAGGCGGGGCGAAGGACGCUGCACCUGCUGGGGUUGGGCGGGAUGGCGGUCAGCGCUCUGCUCAUGACCGUCUCCCUGCUGCUGAAGCACGUCCCUGCUAUGAGCUACGUGGCCAUCCUGGCUGUCAUGUUGUUUGUGGCUAUGUUCGAGUUGGGCCCUGGUCCAAUCCCGUGGUUCAUUGUGGCUGAGCUGUUCUCCCAGGGGCCCCGCCCGGCCGCCAUGGCUGUAGCCGGCUGCUGCAAUUGGACAGCCAACUUCCUGGUUGGAAUGAGCUUCCCCAAACUAGAGGACUUGUGCGGGGCCUGGGUCUUCCUCAUCUUCACCGGCUUCCUCCUCCUCUUCUUCAUCUUCACUUUCAUCAAAGUGCCAGAAACGAAAGGGAAGACCUUCGAUGAGAUCGCCCGCAGCUUUGGCAGCAGCCCGCCUGCUGCCUCCUCGUCCUGCGACGACCCUCCCGCCACCGCCAGCACCGCUGUGACGCUUCCCGCCUCACCGGUGAAAGAGAAGGUGCCACUGGUGGAGGCUCCACCGCCAACAGCAGCAGCAGCAGCAGCAGCAGCAGCAGCAGCUAAACCUGCUGCAAGCGAAACCACACCUCUGGAACAAAAGGCCAGCAGCACUGGCGAGCGCGUAGAGAAGGUGUAG